AUGGAGGAGGCUUCUUUGGGAGUGACGGCAAGGCGACAAAGGGAGAAGGGAGAUGACAAAGCAGCGAUCGACGUCCUUGUAGAGCGAGAGCAUCCUGCGGCCGGUGGAGAGCAGCGCCUUGACGUCGAUGAGGUGGGAUGCCCUGGUGGUGAGGAGAUGGGAGCGGAUGCGAAGCACGUCCAUGCGGUAGAGCAUCGUGUGGGCGAUGUAGAGCGUGGCGAUAGACCAGAGUGCUGUGAUGGUGUAGAGGAAGGGCGCACGGAUGCGGUAGAGGAACUGGUCACACUGGUCAAAGAGUUCUCUGAAAUAAUCAGAGUGUAUAACAUAACUCAACUGAGUGCGGAAGCUGAAACAGUUCCUGUUCUGCGAUAUCAGCGCCGGUGCGUCCCUGAAGGUGAAGCCGUGACUGUACAAGGUCGGCAUCACGCCCCUGCACUGGACGAUGGAGCGGCAUCGGCAGCUGUGCCCCGACGACUGGGAACUGGGGACGCCGUGGCUGCCCGGGUCACAAGGGUCCUCGUGAAGGCAAUCACCGCAGCCCCAGUCGCGGCACGAGAUCUGCUGGAACGCGGUGAAUAG